GGUGGUGCAGGAUGUGGCUUGGUGUGGCAUCGUCGUCAUGGGUCACAGUGAUGAUGGGGGUGGCGGCGGUCGCAAUGCCACACCUGAAUGCGGAGACAGUUUUAUGGUACCCGGCAAAUGUCUCCAUCGCCAGGCUGUCUUCGACAAAGUCUUUCACCACCAUCCAGCUUGCUAGUGAGAUCAUCUGUGCCACGAAGGCCGCCCAGACGGAGUGGUCGUACACGUUUACCUACGAGAACAGCACCUGUUCCCUCUAUGACGUGAAAAUCACCGGGUAUGGAGACGAGUCCAGCCUAGGCGACACCAGACCCUCCUGGACUCGACUAAGUGAUGAGACAAUGACCUCCAUUCUACCAACACCUGCCAAUCCUCCGACAACAACCGCUGUUCCUGCGACAACAACCGCUGUUCCUGUGACAACAACUGCUGUUUCAGCGACAACAACUGCUGUUCCAGCGACAACAACUGCUGUUCCAGCGACAACAACUGCUGUUCCAGCGACAACAACUGCCGUUCCAACAACAAUGACUGCUGUUCCAACAACAAUGACUGCUGUUCCAACAACGACGACUGCCAUUCCAACUACAACAACCACCAUUCCAGCAACCUGCUCUGCUCUCUUCGAGUUUGUCACUGACUUGGGCUGUGUUUACCUACACCACACGGCCAUGAAUUGGGUUAACGCCCAAGCUUACUGUGUCCAGCAUGGGGCCGACCUUCUGGUGACUCAUCACUUCACAGCUCUGCAGCAGUACCUCCUACCUCACUCAAUUCACCAGAUAUGGGUGGGAGUCAAAUCCAAGAAAUGGUUGGAUGGUCAGAAUGUGGCAGCAGGUGAGUGGAAGUCUGGUAACCCAGAUGGCGCGGCCGAUGACUGUGCCAGGAUGAAGGGAUCAGGAGGCAUGCACCUGUUGGCUGACAUCACCUGUGACUCUACCUUCCUGGUACUGUGUCAACAUGACCUCUAACACACUGUAAUUUGACAUAAGUACCAGUGAUGUUUAGUGUGGCGGUGUGGUAGUAGUAGUAGUGGUGUAGUGGUGGUGUGCUUGCAGUGGUCUGGGUGGUUGUGGAUCAAUCCUUUUCUACUUUCCUUUCUCUUCUAUUUACAUCUUUCUAUCAUCUUUUAUUAUCAUCUUUCACUUCUUUCCAUUAUCUUUCACAUUCUCUGUCUCUCUCUGCAUCUUUCCAGCAGUUACAACUACAGUACAUCACCCUCUUACAGUAGCUGGACUAGGGUCAGUAUAUACAAGAGAAGCAGCUGAGGUCCUAACUUGGAGGAGCACGGUCUGGUAUAUAAGACAAAGAAUUAACAUUGUUGUAACUAAAGUCAAGGAUGUUUUACUAUGUUAAGAAAUAUGAAUAAAAUACCUGUAAUUAUUCUAUUAUCAACCAUCACAUCUGUUUGUAUUAAUCUUUGUUUAUUGUACUCCAAGCAAUGGCGAGAUGUUCACCCCAAGUACACUGUUUUAUCUUAUAUACAGUACUGUACCGCAUUAUACUUUGGGAUUCAAUGGGAUAUAUACAGUACCGGGUACUCAGAUCACAGAAAUAACUACAAAUUAUUAUUGUUAUUUAUUAUGAAUAGAACACAUCAGCUGGUGUAAGUAGAUAUGUUUAACUCGAGUGUUUCAUGUGUGUUGUUUAAUGGUCAUACAAUGUCAACAGUAAUUAAUGGACAGCAAUCAGUCUCUUGCUAUAAAGUCUUCACAUCAUAGAAUUUGUAAAGAAUCACUUUUAUUAACUCUGGUGUUUGGUUAAUUAAGUAAAUGACCAGGAUAUAUUACUGUCCAUAAACAAGAGGGUACUGAACAUUAUUACAAUCUAUAAAGCAAAUUUGUUAAUGUUUUCCUCACUCUAGACAGACAAUACAAGUAAUUAUUUAAAUGUUAUUGUCUCAAAGGUGUUACCAUAAACAUUCCUGGUAAAUACAUCAACAUAUCUUUAAUUCAGAGUUUUAUCAUUCUUAUGUUAUGUCUACCACCAGAUGGCUCCCAGACAUCCAGAUGAUCACAGAAACAUUCGCACUGUCUAGUCUCAUUAUGUCUCGAUGACGAGUGCACAGUUCAUUUUGAUAAAGUAAUUGAUAUAAUAAAGUUAAGAUACUG